AUGCAGGGCUCAUCAAAACAGGCUGAUCCUGAAGAAUUAUACGUAAAGCAGGACAGGAUAGGCAAGGGAUCCUUUGGUGAAGUGUAUAAAGGGUUCGAUAAAAGAUCGAAAAUGCCUGUAGCUAUUAAGAUUAUUGAUCUCGAAGCGGCAGAAGACGAAAUAGAAGAUAUUCAACAGGAGAUUGCUAUACUAUCCCAAUUGGACUCACCAUAUUUCACAAGAUACUAUGGAUCCUAUCUCAAAGAUACUCAUCUAUGGAUUGUCAUGGAAUAUUGUUCGGGUGGUUCUUGUUCCGAUUUGGUGAAGCCUGGCGCCUUUAAAGAAGAAUAUAUAGCCAUCAUAUUAAGAGAAUUACUCAAAGGACUUGAGCAUCUUCAUAAUGAAAAUAAACUACACAGAGACAUUAAAGCGGCGAAUAUUCUCCUAUGUGCAACAGGCGAUGUGAAACUAGCGGACUUCGGCGUAUCAGGACAAAUCACUGCGACGAUGAACAAGAAGAAUACGUUCGUUGGCACCCCUUUCUGGAUGGCCCCGGAAGUCAUCAAGCAAUCCGGAUAUGAUUUCAAGGCUGAUAUCUGGUCACUGGGUAUAACUGCUAUUGAAUUAGCCAAAGGAGAACCGCCACAUGCUGAUUUGCAUCCAAUGAAAGUACUCUUCCUAAUUCCUAAGAACCCUCCCCCUACUUUGGAUGGAAAUUUCUCUAAACCAUUUCGAGAAUUCAUUUCAGCUUGUUUACAAAAGGAUCCUAAUCUUAGACCGACUGCGAAAGACCUGUUGAAAUACAAAUUCAUUAAAAGUGCAAAGAAGACGUCCUAUCUCACAGAAUUAAUUGAAAGACACGAAAAAUGGGUAGCUGAAGGUUACGAUAAACAGGAUUACGAGGAGGAAAACUCUAAUAGGAACGGGAAACUAGAGGAAUGUGACUAUGGGCCUUGGGACUUCCGUACUAUGAAGAAACAAGUUUCCUCUCCGACAUCCAGUGACGAUGAAAAUGAGUACUUCGAAGAUGGUACUAUCGGUCCUGCAGCUGGGAAACAAAGACAUGGAGUCAAUUCGACUUCAUUGUCAUCUAAUACCUAUGAACAGUCACCUAAUACAAUUGAUUCAAAUUGUGGUACAAUCAAACAGAUGGGCAUUUCCGAAGACGUUGACGAUUAUGAUUAUUACUCUGACGAGGCUUCUCAGACUAUAACAGGUCCAGAAGUGUUUGAGAAGGUUAUGCUACCAUCUAUUGAGAAG